UAAGUUCAAAAAUAAAACUUGUAAAGUUCAAAACUUUAUUUAAUUAAAGAAAUUGAAUAUUAUAGUAAAUAGAUGAAAUUAAAUGAUACUUUUAGGAUUUUAAGUAACCACUGUUGAAUAUUUUUCCACCAUUAGAGUAUAGUUAGGAAAAUUUUGUAAUGGAGGAUGUUAAAAUAAUGAAUAACAUGAGGGAAGUUCUUAAGAAAACACGAAAAUCUAAGAAAAGUAGACACCAUAAUCUAGUAGAAUCAGCAAACGACGAUUCAAUAAGUGAAAUUCUUAGUAAAAAAUGGAUGUUCUCAAGUCCUCCGGCUUCUGAAGAGAAGUCAGCUGACAAAGAACUUCCACCAAAAAUCAAUGCUUUUAAACGCCUUAUGAGUGCAAAGAAAGUCGAGCCAGAUUUAGAAACCAUCAGUGCCAAAAAAAAGCGGAAAUACAUGAAAAAGCCAAAAUAUAAUAAAUUGGAAAUAGAAAUUGAAGACAAAUCUAAUAGUGAUGAGGAUUUGAAUGAAACUACCAUUUUUGAGUCACAGAACCAAGAGGCAUUUAAUUGUUUAGCAACAAUGAAAGAUGAAAUUGAUGAAUUUCCUGUUAAUGAAAUUUCCCAUAAAAAACGAACUCGAUCUAAGCUCGAAGCAUCUGAACCUUCAGAGACGUUCGUAGAAGCAACUCCAGAUGAUGUCGUCAGUAAACGAAAGAAAAGAAAAAAAUCAAAGCUAUUAGAUUCUAAUGAGAAUUCAAUUCCACAUGAUGAUGACUGCAAUGAAGCAACACCUAAAAGCAAGUCAGGACGACCAAGAAGAUCAUGUGCAGCACAUGUAGAUUAUAAAUUACUCGAAAGCCCCGAGAAAGCUCUUAACAACUCAUUAGCUUUGGCACUUGUUGAAUCGAAACGUACGAGGAAACAAAAUUCAUUAAAGGAAAGUCAUGAAGAUGAUUUCGAUAAGUCUUUUCUCAUGAUUGAUGAUGAUGAUGAUGCUGAAGUUAAAAAGAAGACUUCAUCGAAGCCAUCAAAACUUGCGCCAGUUUUCAUGAAGAAAGUUCUAAAGCCAGCAAUCGAUCCCGAAGUGAAAGAAGCUCGAAGAAAUUUCUUACUUUCAGAACUUCCCGACGAUCUUCGAUAUUCAAAUGACAAACGAAGACAACAAUUCGAGGAAGCAGCUGUUGACGAUAAUUUAAUUACAUUUCCUCGAAUUUCUCAUGUCACACAAUUAUCUGAUGAAGAAGACUUCAAGACUGAAAAUUUAUUGACAUCCGGUGUAGAAUUUUUGUAUGAAAAUGACGAGGAAAACUUUAAAUCGAAGCAUUUGAGUAAAAUUCUUCAACUUGGAACGUUCACCGAAUGCAAUGCAAAUGCAACUUCACUGCCAUUAGUGACAUGUGAUGAAAUUAAAUCUAAGAAAUGUGAAGCUAUGAAGCACAAUGUUAAAUCAGAAGUGAGAAAGCUUAAAAAAAAUCAAGAAAACUUUCCUGUAAAUCGUUGCUUCAAGAAACUUCUUUCAAAAGCAACAGAAUUAGUUAAUUCCAGUACAAACGAAAACAAUUUGUUGUUUGUUGACAUCUUUAAGCCAGCGAGUCUCAACGAAUUCUUUGUGAAUUUUAAGCCGAUUAAACAGCUUCAAAAGUUUCUUCUAACAUGGAAUGAAAGAGACAAGUCAACUGAUUACGACUCAGACAAAAGCAGCUCACGUCAAUCAUUCAAAUGUCUCAACAAUUUCGUGGUUGUUUCGGGUAAAAAUGGAUGUGGAAAGACUUCAAGCAUUUAUGCUUUAGCUAACGAUCUAAACUAUCAAGUAUUAGAAAUCAACGCUGGAACAAAACGAAAUGGAAGAAAAAUGUUACAAGAUUUAUUAGAAGCAACACAAUCGCAUCGUGUGAAAAAUAUAUCGGGAAAACUCUACGCAACAACAGCAGCAGAAGUUCAUGAUGAAAAUGAAUCGUCCCAGGAGUCCAAUUGCGAGUUGUCGUGCAGUGCAAAAUCAAUUAUUUUGAUCGAAGAUGCUGAGCUUGUGUUCGAAGCGGAUGAUGGAUUUGUGGCAUCAUUGUCAUCAAUUUGUAAUAUCAGUAAACGUCCAGUCAUCUUAACAACAAACAAUCGACAAAUUCAACAUCUUCAAAAGUUUAUUCAACACAAUGAAAUUUUAUACGAUAAUCCGAAACUUACUGAACAAAUGGGAAUUUAUUUAUUUUUAUUGUCUUUAUCGGUCAAUUAUGAAAUUGAAAGAGAUGAAAUUCAAAUGUUAUUCACAUCAAAUGGGCAUGAUUUACGUAAAACAAUCAAUGAAAUUGAGUUUUUCAUUCGAAGUUCAAAUACGAGAACAAGCAACAGCAAUUUGAUGAGAUUUUAUCAGCGACCGCGAUGUGAGCGGUUGAAAAAUGGUCAACUUGACAUCGAAAAUCAAAAAAGCUUGUCAACUUUAUGCUUCGAUUCAUCAAUCGUUUCAAGUCUUGCAACGAUGUGUGGAGAACGCUCGUAUAACGCAAUAACUUCAUAUCAACAGCGUGACUUAAUGGAUGAAAUGGUUGAGUUCAUCACUGAACGAUGUAACGUGGUUGAAGCUCAACAUGAUUCAUCUUACAGCAACCAGAAAAUCAUGGAAAGCUCCAUUUCAGGCAAUUUAAUUUCGCAAUCAACAAAUUUUACUGCGACUUGUUUGGACUAUUCGCCAAUGUUACGCGAUAUUUGUCGUUCUGAAAAAGCUCGUUGUGAGAAUGGUCGACGAAUAGCAGCAAAUAAUCGAGGACAUUAUUUGAGAUUUUUGAUAACGAAAAACUCACUCGGAAAUGAUUACUUUAACGAUCAAUGUGAAAUGUUUCAACAAUAAAGUGAAUUGAAUCGGAUGCCGACUCUAUUUUUAUGAGUUUUCCUUUUUUCUUGUUUUUUUGGG